AUUUGCAUACGAUGAGUGUUGCAGGCAGUAAUGGCGGACGACAAACAGAAAAGUGCCUUGAUAAGAAGGCACGAACAGUUACUUCGGUGGCAGAACUCUGAAACAAACAACGAAGCAGUUGAUCGACCUACACAGCCUGUAAAAGUUCAGUUUCAAGAUGGAUGUGUCUUUUUAGCAGCGUGUUCAAGCGGAGACACGGAUGAGGUACAGCACCUCUUGGAGAAGGGUGCAGACAUCAACACGGCAAACGUUGAUGGAUUAACAGCAUUACAUCAGGCAUGCAUAGAUGACAAUUAUGACAUGGUGGAGUUUCUGCUGGAAUAUGGUGCUGAUGUGAAUGUUUGUGAUAAUGAAGGGUGGACACCCCUUCAUGCUACUGCUUCAUGUGGUUUUGUAGAAAUUGCAAGGUUGUUACUUGAAAAUGGUGCUAAUGUGGCAGCAUGCAACAAUGAUGGAGACUUGCCAUUUGAUCUUGCUGAGGGAGAUGACAUGGAAAGGUUGCUGGAAGAUGAAAUGGAUAAAAAUGGAAUUGAUGCUGAGGCUGCAAGACAAGAGGAAGAACAAAUGAUGCUGGCAGAUGCCAACCAAAUGUUGAACAACCCAAGGCUGGCCAAAGUCAAGGUGCAUGCAAAAACAGGAGCUACUCCUCUCCAUGUUGCUGCAGCAAAGGGCUACCUCAGAGUGAUGAGCAUUCUCCUUCAAGCUGGGAUGGACAUUGAUGCCAAAGACCAUGAUGGCUGGACGCCCCUCCACGCUGCUGCCCACUGGGGACAGGAAGAAUCUUGUAAGAUUCUAGUAGAAAACAUGUGUGAUAUGGAGGCAAGAAACAAUUCAGGCCAGACUGUCUUUGAUGUAGCAGACACUGAUCUUCUCAAACUGCUAGAGGAGCUUAAGAAAAAACAAGCAACACUCAAAGUGGACAAGAAAACAUUGGACAAAGAGAUUAUUACAACAAAUAAACCAAUGAAGAGGAGAACAUCUGUCACCAGAAUGAGUAUAGAUCAGAAGCAGCACAUAAUAUCACAGAAUGUAAAUCAAGAACGCCUGCAGCUUGAGGCCUUACUCAACCAGCCCACAGACGAUGGGAAGAAGAGUAGCUCUAGUAGUGAAGAAAGUAGUGAGGAGGAGGACGACGAAAUUGAAUCUUCUGACUCAGAAACAGAAAAACAGAAUGAGAUCAAUAAACAGGCCACAGCCAAAGCACAGGAUACUGUAACUACCACUACUGCUGCUGCUGAGACUCCAACAGAACCUGAACCUCAAAUCUCUGAACCUGCACCCACUCCUAAAAUAGAGGAGAUUACAACAGAGUUUAAACUGCCUCUGCCACCUCAAAUUGGAGAUGGUCCCUCUGUGGACAGUGAGAAGAAAGAGAAAGAACCUGAACAGAAUAAGAAAGGAGAAGAUGGAGAUAAGAAUGAGGUGUUUGGUACUAGUGAAGAAAAGAAGCCAUUAACUGAUGAGGAAAAGAGGGAAGCGGAAGAUAAGGCCUCAGUUCAGCCAGCAACCUUACACAGUAACCUUGAGCGCCAGUCCAGUGCUCCGGCCAGGAUAGCAGGCCAACGACAGGCUCCCACUUUCUCCCCAAGACCACUACAAAGGAUGUCUGACUCCGAUGCAGGACCUGCAUCCUGGCGAGCUGGUCUCAGGAAAACAGGUAGUUCCAGCGCAGUCCCAGAGAGCAAGAAGGAUGCAGAGACUGACACGCUGUCUAAAGUACAGAGGUCUGCAUCUAGUCCAUGGCUGGCCUCCGAGAAGAAAGAGGAAACUACAGGAAGAAGCAGGGGUACAUAUGCUGGCAGUGCUGCACAGGAUAGUCUGGAGCAGAGGCAGAGAGGAGAUAGACACAGAUGGGCUUACGGGAUAACCUACCCUUACCCCACCCGUAGCAACUAUACUGCCAAUUACCUGAACUCACUACAAAAUUCCACGGGCGGAUUAACACAGUCAGCAUAUGUGCCAUAUUCACGCAGGAGGCAGAUGGAGAACGAGAGGAGAGAGCGGGAACGGGAGCAGCAGCAGCAGCAAGAAAAUGGCGAUGCCACCUCUGUCAGUUAUACCAUCACUUUGCCUUCCCCUGCCACUGCUACCACUGGCACCACAACCACUCCAGUCAGGAGGUCAUACUUGCCUCCUGCUAGAGAUGAAGAGAGCGAAACUCAGAGAAAGGCCAGGGCUAAGAGGUCAAGGGAGACAAGAAGGUCGACACAGGGUGUGACCCUAGAAGACUUAGAAGAAGUCCUUGCCAAACAGAAGACUCAACAAGGCCCAGCACCUGCAGCCACGGCUAAAGACAAGGAAGCUACAAAACCGAGUGCAACAGAGGACAGUAGCAGUCGUGGAGAACGGCGGAAAGCCUUAGAAGAGGAUGAAAGCAGAAGUGCAAGAAGGACAAGAGAAAAUAGAGAUACAAAUACAGCAACUGCAGCACCUACAGCUAGCACUUAUGACUCAGGUUAUGUACCACGUAGUUUAAGAAAUUCACAGUUCUCUGAUAGCACAAACUCUACAACCACAUCUAGUUUAACAGACACUACAACAGGUCUUAAUAGGACUCCUUCAUAUAGGUGUAGAUAUAAUAAAAGUGAAGAGGAGGAUAAAAAGGAAGAAAAGAAGGAGGACACCAAAGAAAAAGAGAAGGAAAAAGAUAAGGAAAGCAAAGAAGACCCCAGGGAUAAAUCGUCCGCCAUACGUGCCAGAAGAAAAAGAACUGAAAGGAGGUCUACUGGCAUUGUAUAUUUUAAUGAGGAAGCAGAAAAGAACAGAGAAAAGAAGACAGAAGAAACAAAAGAAGCCUCAGAUGGGACAAAUGGGACAGAUGCCAGUUCAAGGUACAGCACAGGUUCUCGCUAUGGUGCAGGCUCAGAGGGCUCAGAUAGGUACUCCUCCUCUGGUAGAACAGAUAGGACAGACAGGACAGAAAGGACAGAACGAGAAAGACCUGCUUCAUACUCAGCUUAUACACGAUCCAGCUCAUCCUCCUUAGACAGUGCAAAAGAAUACAAAAAAUUAUACGAAGAAGAAAAAGCAGAAAAUGAGAAACUUAGGAAAGAAAUUCAGAGGCUGCAACAAGAAAUGUCAGAGUCAAAGUUAGAGAGUGAAAAACUAAAACAAAAGAACGAUACACGGGUGGUAGAUAGUUCAACUUCAGAUAAAAGAGAAAGAAGGGCACUAGAAAGAAAGUUAUCAGAAUAUGAAGAAGAAUUAAAGCUCAUGGAAACACUCAAGCAAGAUAACCAGAGACUAAAAGAAGAGAAUGGAGCAUUAAUACGAGUUAUUAGCAAAUUAUCAAAAUGAUAAAAAAGAAGAGUUGUGCCGAAAGACUUCUCUUUAUUCAUUUGCACAGACUUACAUCCAACCCUGCUCAUUCCCAGACACAUCCAUAAUGGAUGUGUUCUUUUCUGGACUUCAUGCAACCAUGGUCACUGUUUCACUAAAAAAUGUAUACAGCACUGACUGUUUGUCAUUUUACCAUCACAUCAGCUUACAAUUUGCCAUCACCAACAGCAGAGUCGGAUGACCUCUUCAGGAGGUAGCUAUUCCUCUCUCCCAGCAACAUACGGCUGGACUAGGUGGGAGAGCCAUAGCUGCCUCCAUAUUAAAGAGGCCCGUAGACUGUAGUUGUGAGAACACUGGAGUUCUCGUGAAUUUCUACUGCAUUAAUAUAUGAAGAGUAUAGAGUGCUAGUCUUCCUUGUACAGAUAAAAUAAUCUCAAGUUUGGUCAUGUAAAUAGUGUUGACAACCACAGGGCUGGUCCGAGUUGGGUGGGGUGGCAUCUCUUUUGAUAUGGAAGAAAACUGGAUAACACCAUGGCCACUUCUCUGAUGGAAUCUGACUGUUUGUAAGAUGACCACUGAAAUUACUUUAAAAUAAUCCUGGGCUCUCCCGGCCAGAGCAUCCCUACUUUAAUUUCUUUUAGCACUUCAUGUUUUUAUUUUAUAAAAUAUUCGAACGUAAUAUGCUCAUUUUGGCUAGUAUUACAAACUGUCUCAGAAAAAAAGAGGAGAGCAUAAUUAAAACAGUUUACCUAGUGCUAUAUAAGUGUAUGUUUUGUAUAUUACAAACACCUUUCCGCACUAAGCAAAGUGGAAGAUUGUUGAUUCACUCACUAUUAAUGCAGAGAGCAUCUGCUGUACAUAUGCUGUGCACAGUAGCAGUUGUGAAAAUAUUAAAACACAGAAUAAUAUCAAUUUCCUUCUAGGUCUAGUUCAUUUUGAGACAUCAUUUAUGCACUUUGCAAAAAUUACAUUUGGUUGUGCAUUAUGUGCAGUUCAAGUGUUUCAUACAAUGGAUUGAAAGAAAAAGUUAAAAAUGAAACUUGGAAAUAAAAAACAGGCGUGCCACUCCCACCCAACCCACCCUGCACUAGCUACAAUCCUGUUCAGAUGUGAUCUAAGUGAUAUUUACUAUAUCUUGGCUAUAACCUAGUACAUUGUGCAAUAUGUUUUUUGCACAGCAAUUGGAGUUUGCAUUGUUGUUUAUGUGACGACUAUGAAUUACUUUUGUCUGGAGCUGUUAAGACAUUGAAUAUUUGAAAGGCAAGGUGUAUUUAUCAGCAAGUCAUUGCAAGUUUUUAAGUGUGCAUUGGUCAAAGGGAGAAAUCUCCUGUGGGUUAAUAAAUUCCAAACUGAUUGACUAAUCUUUUAUGUUAAAUCGUGAUUUUGCUUUGUCUAUUGGUAAAUAAGUGCUUUUUUGGCUGUUUUUUAUCACAUGCUUCAAAAAUUAAAAACAAGCUUGAAAUUCUAAACAAAAUUGAUCAAUCAGUACCUCCCAUUUCCUCUGGGGAUUGAAUGCACACUUCUCUGUACAAGAUUGGAGGCUUACUACCCAAAGUACAGUGGAAUUGGAGUUGUUUGUCAUGAUGGCUUCCACAAAUGUCACCGAACAGAGUGGAUGAAUUCCUUCAUGUCAGUAUUGUCGAUAAGGCUAAAUAUUAACGGAUUACGGCUCUCCACGUAGGGAGUGAAGAAACGUAAUAACAUUGGAUAAAAAAUAUGAAGUUCCAGUGUGUGAGCGCACAGAUUCCUAAGUAUAUGGAAGGUGCAGUUUUCAUCCCGUCUUUUGUCAGUGUGUUUUAUAAGCAGCUGAAGCAUGCAGUUAACAGCAAUGAUACUGUUCAAAUGGAUAUUGCUUCAUAUAUGUAGCAUACAAACCUUUUUUUUUCUUUAAAUGCAUCCUUGCUAAUUUAUGUAGUUAGCAUAUUUAUGUGGCCUGGGUGUGUAGUGAAGGGUGUUUGAAUUGGUGGUACCAGUUAAAGUUAUAAUAUUAAGGGAUUUGAAUGGCCUUAUAAUAAGACAGCCUCUGUAGCACGAUUAUUCCAUGACAACCAGCUUAUUUAAGAUUUUAUCAUAAAACCUAAUGGACAAAUUGUUAUUAUAUUUAUGUCCCUGACUGUUAUUGGAUGUAAAAUGCUUCUUUGUAAAUACAUAAAUCUUGUGAACUUUUAUUUUUGAUAGCAUUAUUUUUGUACCUGGGGAACGCAUAAACCCCAGGCUGUAUUAUAUGUAUGAUGUACUAUACAUUUUGUAAGAUAGCUGGUAGACAGUAAAUGUAGAAUCAGUGUACUUGCAACUCAUAUACAUACGGUCAGUUUUGCACUCGUAAAUCCUAUUUGUGCCAAGUUUCUAAGACAGAUAAAACUUUGGAUACUGAUCUCAGUAUUGAUUGAACAGUGGUGAGAUAUAAGAAGACGAUAUAGGCUGGAAAUUUCAAGGGGAUUCUGAUCUCAGUGGAAGAAUAACGUUGUAUGAACUGAAGUGCAAAAGAAAGAUACCCCAGAGUCUCUAUAUGACAACUGUGAAUCUUAUUUGGUUGUUAUUGUACAUAUUGGCUUAUGCUGUAUUAUAUUGAUGUGUGUACAUUUGUUUGUAAGGGGGAUAUAUCAGUUGAACAUGUUACCCCGUUCUGAUGCAAAUGAAUUUGUCAAGUAUUUUUACAAGUAGUGAAGGUAGACAAUUUUAUUGUAUUGUUGACAUUUUUGGAUGUUUGUAUUUGUUAAAUGUUGCACAAUUCCUACUGGUAUUUAUAUUUGUCAGGGGGUUGUGAUUUGGAGGUAUGCAGUAUGAAAUCACAAGGUUUUCCUUUUGGAUAACUUUUCUCAUUUCAUACUGCAUGACCCAAACAGGUGAUUAUAUCAUGAGGUUAUGAAACAUGUCACUGGCAGUCUACUGACUAUGACUUAUUGAUGCACAUCAGUUGUUUCAGCAGGAAUUUUGUUUAUCGUCAUAUGGAAUUUUUUCUGAAAACUCCCUAGGUGACAUGUUGGAUCUAGGGCCUGUGCAUUUAUGACAAAAUAGCCAAUAGUGACAGUGGUUUGUUGCUUGAUCCUCAUUGAAAUCAUCAUCUGUACAUAUUCCAGGAUGAGUUGUAUUAUAUGUAUGCAUUAGUUACACCUGUUUUGUGUCUAUCUGGCAUCUUCUGUCAGCGACAUUUUUAGAGUGUCGAUGGUUGGGUCAUAUGGACAAUGACAGUGCUGUCUCUCUAGGUGACAUGUUGGACCUAGAGUUUGCAUACAGUGGUAAGGCAACUUGUUUCUGCACUAAGGCAUUAUUUGCUUCAAGGUGGAAGUGAAAAAAUAGAACAUCAAGAAUGUGAUGUACUUUUGCAUCAGGGGUUCGUGUCCUUUUGAUAUGUCCCCUCAUGUAAAUGUACAUUCAUUAAGAGGCACCUAAUGAAUUUUCGGAGUCUGCAUAAUUUCUAUGGUGUCACUAAUGCUUCUUUUCUAUGCCUACCUGUUGAACUUAAGUUGCAGUGGCUUUGUUGCCAUUGUUGACUUCCUUAGGUGACACGUUGGAUCUAAGGUGACGCAUAGCUUGACAGGAUAAGGCCAUGCUCAGCAGCAUCAAGUGGCGCUAUAACAAAAUAUGUAGACUUAACACCACAGUGUAACUGUGUGUCACUGCUACAUGAUAGUCCCUGGGGACUGGUUUCAGUGUUUGCCAGCUCUACAGGGUGUCUUUAGGUGACACGCUGGACCUAAAGCUUGUGUUGAGACACUCUAGUUUGUACUGUGGUUCCCCAUAUCCCACAGCAGUCCACCACCAGAGUUAGUGGGGUCAGGAUGCCUGGCAGACAGUCUCCGUGUGCUGCUCAGCAAAAUGCCAAUUGUUACAUGGCACCACCUUUUCUGCAGCAGGGUGGGAACCGAAUCACCUUGGUUUGCUUGGGAUUAUUGGGUAUUUCUUUUUACAUGUGUCAUAUAUCUGGAGAUGACUUGGCUGGUGUGCACUAGUUUCUGUAGGUUUCAGACUCCCAGGGUGACACGUUGGAUCCUGGGUUUGCACACCAGUAAAACAUCUCUCAUAGAUAUGUCACUUGUUGUUAUUGUGAAAGCCUGGCUUUGAUGACUUUGAAGUGGUUCUUGUUGAAACAUCUGGUAAUGUGCCUCUUUGCCACCACAGCAUCUUAGCUGGGCUUUCAAAUUGUAUCCAUGCAUGCACCUGGUAUCCUAGCUUUAUUUUGUCAGGCUAUAUCAUUUUUGGGAUUUUUUGAAUUGCAAACUUGUUCUGGACACCUUAAAAAACUAAUUCACCACCACUUGUAUCUAAAAACUUUUUUCAGAAAUUUUUUUUACCAACACCAUGACAGUGCUAUUUUAAUCAAUGCAAGCAGCUGUCUUCACCAAAAUGAUGUGCACAUACAAAAUACUGGCUUUGAUAUUCAUGGGACCUAUGGAGAGAAGAAGCAUCUUUGCUCCAAGGGUAGGAAGAGGGUGUUGGGCCUUUGGGGUUGUUGAACCACUAAGACCUUGCUCCUUUUCUUGUCAUGCAAGGGACAUUAUUAUUAUUAUUUUAAAACUGCUGUGAGCACUUAACGGUUUGAGGAAUCUGCACCAGUUGCUUUCUGUACUAUUGGUGUGAUGUUCUUCGUUGUUGUCCUGUUGACUACAAAGAAGAACAGCCUACAUGAUGAUAUGGGUUAGCCUCCUUGGGUGACACGCUGGACCCAAGGCUUGCAGAUUUAUGGCAUAAGUUCUGUGUUAAGCAGUUAUAUUGGUUUUACUUGUGUAUAGCUGGUUGUCAUGGAAAAGUUGAUUCUUAGUUUGAGGCUGCUGAAAAGGGGUUUUUCACUUUUCGUUUCUAGUCAUGUGAAUUUUUUUAUAGAACAGCUGCUUUAAUCUGGUACCACCGGGGGAAUAUUUCACUUGAGAGAUAUGCAUGAACGGGCCACAAGUGUGUAGAUGCUAUGUAUUCCCUGUUAAGUUUAAUAUCAAAUCUAUACCUGAAUGUAGCAUAACAAUCUUUGUCAGUUGAUAAUCUCAUGGCUCUCUGUGGCCAUGGGGAUGUUUGAUGCAUUAUCAAGUAGAUGUUAGCAAUGAAUCUAUCAAGUAAUUAAACCCUGUUUGGCAUUUGAA